AUGAAGAUGCGCGCGUUAGCGGAAGCUCAACGGUUUGUUUAUAAACAAUUAACCCCGGUGGCUUCCGUUAUGGAUGUAGAAAUGCCUGCUCGCUAUUUUUUCAGCGAAGUGGUUGAUUGUUAUCAUGAUUUCGACGGGGAAUGCGAAGACUGUGGUCUGAUAGUCCCAGAGUGGUCGUUGUUACAAUGUCAAUAUGGUUUCUGCGGGAAAUUUUUCUGUCAAAAUUGUGGAUUUCGUUGUCGCAGAUGUGGCGAUUACGAAUCCCGCGCAGUUUCCCUUUGUUCAUCUCACGCUAGACUCGUUUAUCCUUCUUGUGACGGGUGUAAGAACCAAUUCUGCGAUGUCUGUACGGACAUAUCCGUUACCCAGUGUAAUUCCUGUCUGAAGCAUUUCUGCUCCAAGUGUCAAAUCCAAGGGAACGAGAACAUAACCAAGAGUGGAAAAUGCGACCAAUGCGACAUAAAAAUACUUCGCCCCUUACAAGAAAUUUGUCGCAGCCAAAUACGUCAUGUCAUCAGAGGUGCUAUCACAACUGGCAGAUCUCCUGUUCACUCUCUGCAGUCAAAGGACAUUGACCAGAAUGUUCAACAGCUUCCUCUCCCAGGACAUGUGAAGAACUUUGUAUGCUACAAAUAAUUGGACUGACCCUUAAUACCCAUGUGAAAAUAAUGGAGACGAUUGGAAGUAUUGUUACCUAGAUCUAGCCCCAAAUUCGUGUAACUUAUUUACAAGGAAAUCUGUAGGAGUUAGAAGGGAGAAUUAAUGAUUGGAUCUUGAGAGUUAAAGGGUUAAGGCACUGUUCUCAAUGUGUGACAGGAAGGAUCAGUAUCCCAAAGGAUCUGCAUGAAUUUAUUGUUAGUAAACAAAUAAUUUUGGGAAAAAAAAGAAUGUUAAUGGUGUAAUUAAAUCUUAUCUUAAGACCAGUUAGUCAAAUAUUUCACAGGUACUUUAAUUGAAAAUAUAAAAUUAGUGAACUAGUGUAAAAAGGUUGUUUUUUAGUGUAGAGGAAACUUGAAAUUUGUAAGAGGGAAUUUGGAAAUCUUACUGAAGAGGAAGCAUAUAGAAUUUUUGAGUAAGUAUUAUAGAUUUUGCAAAGAAUGGUGAAUUUUACCUUCCACAAAUACUAACUUUCUAUUUCCAGGAAAAGUAAUAAAAUAAUAUGCUAACUUUGUAGUGUAAGGUAACAAAGAUAACUGUAAAUGUUUUAACAAAUGGUGGAAUUGUUGGAUUUCUUUCAUCACUACUGGUUAUAUGUAGAUGUCACAAAAUAGAAGGAAUUGUGUUAAGUUUGAUGCAAGCACAAAAUAAAGAAACUCAAAGGGUUUGUUUUCCUCAAAUAAGA